AUGCAAGCGGAAAAUCCAAAAACUGAAUCCCCAGACAUAAAUGUGUUAGUCAUCGGUGCUGGUGGGGUUGGUGUAAUUACUACUGUUGCUUUAACAAGAGCUAACAAAUGUAACGUUCAUCUGGUGAUAAGGUCGGACUAUAAAAUUGUAAAAGAAAGGGGUUAUGAUAUAAAUUCUUGUGAUUAUGGUCAUCUAGUAAAUUGGAAGCCAAACUAUUUCUAUAAUAAUAUCACCAAUGCCUGUGCGUCAAAUAUUUUUUUCGAUUAUAUUGUUGUAACUACAAAGAAUAUACCUGAUGGUCCCAAGGAGGUCACAGUUCCAGCUAUAAUAUCCCCUUUAGUCCAGUCUAAUUAUGGCUUAGAUCCAAAUAAAAACAUGAACAUUGUAUUGAUUCAAAAUGGGAUUGAUAUUGAAAAAGAAAUAUUUACUCGAUUUAAUGAUCCAAAGCUAAAAUUGUCUGUGUUGUCAGGAAUCCAAUUAAUUGGAUCUUCGAGGAUUGCCCCAGGUGUAAUUAAUCAAGUUGGUCAGGAUCAAUUGAGUAUUGGCUCUUUUAAAUCGUCAGAUAAAGUUGCUAAUAAUGCAGCACAAAAAUUUGUAGAAAUAUACGAAAAUCCAAAUAUUAAUCAUGUAGAAUUUGAUCCAAGAGUCAGAUUUUCAAGAUGGAAAAAGUUAUUAUACAAUUCAGUUUUGAGUACAAUAUCUACAGUAGUAGAUCUGGAUACCUCUCAUUGUUUUACACUUUCUUCAAAAGAAUUUGAUACGGAAAAAACCUUAUUCAGGCCUGCAAUGCAUGAAAUUAUUGAUAUUGCUCAAAGUGAAAAUAUCAUUAUCGAUGAGCAAAUUAUUGAAUUUUUUAUAAAUGGGUCUAAAACAAUGGAUUACAAACCAUCAAUGUGCUUAGACAAGGAAAAAAAUCAAUUAAUGGAACUAGAGGUAACAUUAGGAAAUCCAUUAAAAAUCGCAAAGAAAAAUGGAAUAAAUACGCCCAUUUUGAAUCUCGUAUAUACUUUAUUAUAUUUGGAACAAUCAAAGAUUAAACAAAAAAAGGAUUCAUUAUAA